AUGCCGACGCUUUCCGGGAUUUACACGUCGCUGACAGGCCAAACCUUGGCCAUAGACGAGCAGGGUCGUCUCAGUGUCAUCCACGACGAUAAGCAGAAGAUUAAACUACGUGCAGAUGCAGAGUUCUGGCUUUGUGAGGAUGAUGGGAAAAUCGGCAAAUUCGGAUCUCCCAAGAAGGUAAUAGAUCUCCCAGGAAAUCUCUUCCACGUUCAGACUUGCGCAACAGUGGAACUAGUCAUUGCUUACUUGUUUCCACAGGUUUUCCUGCACUUCCAGGGUAAGGAUUACCAUAUCUGGGUGGAACCGCGCGGCUUUAGUGAUGGUUCAUACGAGCUGACCGAGGGUGAUCCAUGGGAACAGUACGGACUAAUUCCGAUCGAACCCAAUGCCCAGUAUAGCAACCGAUUUCUCGGCCUCAAUGAAGAGGGCAAUCAACUAGAGAUUCUGCAGUCCUGGUCCGAUGCAGCAAAAUUUCGAUGCAUAGAGUGA